AUGAACCACACAGGACUAACAGAAUAUGAGCUUCUCCGCCAGUGGAACACUAGACUACGUGUUGUGCUGUUGCCACACAGCAUCCUUUUGGUUGUCUACUUUAUUGUAUGUGUUCUCGGAAAUAUGGCUGUCAUUUACAUUUAUCAGAUCAGAUUUCAUCACAAUACGGACGGACGCUUCUUUAUGCCGUACCUUGCCGGAAUGGAUAUGUUGGCAUGCUUCGUGGGCUGUGCUACUAGUUUACUAAUAAAUUUCAACCCGGUUCUAUAUCCUAGCAAUGUUCUGUGCAAGGUUUCCUAUGCCCUUUGCUACUUUUUUUCGACAAGCUCUGCAUUGAUGCUGUCAGUUAUUGCAGCACAAAGGUUUCUGAAGAUAUGCCGGCCUUUCAAAUUUCAGAUGUCUGGACGGAGAAAGGGGUUUGGAAUUGUAAUUAUCAUUGUGGUAUCUUCUGGCAUGAGUGUUCCUGCUUUUGUAACAUUUGGAAUAUCCUCAAUUCGGAACACAUCUAUGAAUAUCACCGGACAGUAUUGCGCUUCCAUCAACGUUAAUGGUUCUAAUAUGACAUCACUCGUUUACAAUUGCACAGUCUCGGCGAUCUGUGUUAUUAAUAUGUGUUUUCUAUGUACUCUCUAUACCCGUAUUGGUAACAAAUUACGUGAGAUGAGACAGCGGAGACUUCAGCGCAUCGCUACCCGCGAAAAGUGGUCAGAUGCUGACGUUUUUACAAGCGAGACGGAGAAGAAUUCGGUGAAUACAUUAGACAAACAACGACGUCAUACGUCUAAAAAUGUCACAGAAAUGGGGAACCAGGUGACCCUGAUGUAUUUCAUUAUAACAUUCGCCUUUAGUGUCUUCUUUAUUCCAACGUUUGUAACCAUUUUAUGGGACAUUAUUGAUGUUAAUCCAUGGCUUACCAAAGGUGAUGCCUAUGUUGUCGGGUUUCGGUUUAGUUACACUGUUUUUAUCAUCAAUUAUUUAAUCAAUCCACUUGUGUAUAGCUUAUUUGACUCUGAUUUUCGGGGAGAAUUACAGAAACUGAUUCCAAGAUUUUGUCGAAAUGUUUAAUGUUGCACAUUAUUUUGUUUGCCCGCAUGAACCUUUGAUUCCUCUGAAAACUGGUACGCAUA